AUGACCGCACCGCCCGUGAUCCUUAUCGCGCCCGGUCUCCCAUGCGCCGUGGUGGUUAUCCACCCGGGGAUGAUUACGACAGGCGUCCUCCGCGUGGCUACAGCCCUCGAGGACACUAUCGUGAACGCUCUCCUCCACCUAUGCGCCGCGACUAUUACGAGCGUGAUGGGUAUGGUCGCCGCACUCCACCACCGCGUUCUCGUAUGGACGAUUAUCCGCCACCUCGCCGGCCCUAUGAGGACCCUUAUGACUUCCGGCAUCCGCCGCCGCGCCAUUAUGAUGAUCCGUACAUGCAAGGUAGAUACGGACGUCGGCCUAUGA